GCGACCUUCAUCGAGUUUUCAUCAUGGUCGCAUCUCUUCCCGAGUACGUCGACUGGACACAGCCCACUUUGUGGAUCUCCGUUCUUUUCAUCGCGUUCAAUCCGACGGCAUGGAACGUCGUGGCCCGCAAUGAAUACAGAAACAAGACAAUAACGCGUAUCUUCGGCGGAAAUGCGCAUUACGGAUGUUACUUCCUGGCAGUCAUGAUCUUUUCUUUUGGCAUGUUCCGUGACUCGCUGUUCCAGCAUGCUCUUGAGCAUCAGCCGCGGAAACAAAUGCUCCCAGAGCCGUUUGACACGCUUGUGCCAGCUGCACUCUUCGCUGUGGGCCAGACGUUCGUCAUCACUUCGACAUGGGCAUUGGGGAUCACCGGGACGUUCCUUGGUGAUUAUUUCGGUAUCCUUAUGGACCACAGGGUGGAAGGCUUCCCGUUCAGCAUCUUGCGGGACCCGAUGUACGUGGGCAGCACCAUGUCCUUUGUCGCAGCGUCUCUUUGGUUCGAGCGUCCAGCCGGUCUCCUCAUUACGUUGUAUGUGUACAUCGUGUAUCUUAUUGCCCUGCGGUUCGAGGGACCAUUCACCGAUAUGAUAUACUCUAAUCGCGCUGCAAGCAAGGCUGCGUCCAAAAAAGAGCUAUGAACGAGGAUGAUGACUAUGCUCGCCAAUUUACGACGAUCUGGCUCUACAUGUAGAGGUUUCAACACCCAUAUAUAGCGUAUUUGCUCUCCCAUCUGCGCACUCCCAAAAUUAUUUUAUGCUGGCCCGUCAAUAUACUUUGUACUGUAUCCUUAGGUUUUCGCAAUUGCUUUUGCUUCUUUCUUUGGAUCCUGUUGUACACACGUGGAUGUCCUACCGUUCAGGCACAGGUCCGAACUUGUAUCCGGAUGUAGCGUUGUUCCACAGAGUCCUGCAGUCGACCGAGGCGUUCAGACGCG